AUGGAUUCUUUGCCAACUUGCUACGGCAAGGGUAAGAUUCUCACUCUCCAAGUUACAGCAGACCAAGAGCCAUUCAACGUUGUCAUCGAAGCUGCUCAUGGCAUUUGGUCACACUCUGUGAACCUCCUCGUCAAGGUUCUCGAAAAUGAUGCCAACAUCGAGGUUACUGACAAGCUUGUCUUCCUCAAGCUUUACGACCGCCGUUUCUCACCGGCCUUUCGUGAGCGCUGGGAUGUCAAGCCAUGGACUCCUGCACUCGAGGAGGACCUCCAUGCGUUCUCUCAAAUCGGAGCGGCCAGUGAAGUUAUCAACAUCUGGCACGACAACCCCCACGCGGAGUAUGAUUUCUCUGCUCCCCCCUACCACAAGGAAGCCCUUCUCUCGGUGAUCAUGUCGGAGCAUUGGGAGAAAGAAAACGACGCUUACCGCAUCCUGAAAGCUCACCAGGGAAAGUUCAUCCCCCGUAUUAUUACCAGCGUCACGAUGCAGAUUGGUCCCGUCAGCAUGGUCGGCACCGAACCCAUCCCACUUCUGGAUGAUCCUCUUGUUCUCGGGCAGUCCCCCGAGAUGUUUGAAAUCGACGGCUUCCUCAUGGAAUACUACCGAGGUUUUCCAGCUACUAAGAUUGCCUGCCAAACCGACCCCGGCGACUGGAAGCAUCUCAAGAACCGUGUCAUCAGCACUGUUGACCACGUCAUGAAGUCUGACAUGAUCCUCCACGAAGACAUCCGGCCCAAGAACGUGGUCAUCUCCUACGACAAAGACUGCCUUCGCAACUAUCGGGUCAUCAUGACCGACUUCCGUUCCACCAUGCUGCGCGAGAACGAGACCGACGAAGAGUGGGCUGAGAUGAAGAAGCGGUACGAUGAGAAGGGCAUGAUGCAGGCCAAGCUCGAGAAUCCGCCUCGCCCCCGCCAGGAGGCCGAUGGCUAUCGCUCCUUCAAUGCCUCCGCCUGGUGGAACUUUGAUGACUACGACAUCAUGACCCAGGACUAA